AUCGAAGCAACGAGUCGAUCCACGGACGCGAUCCGUCCCGGUCGACGGGCGAAUCGUUGGAUCACGGAUCGUCGGCUGCGAAGCUGUAAUCGCGAGAAACCGGAGGCUGGGACGGCAAAUCCGUGUAUUAGGGACACGCGAAAGCGUGGCCGAUAGCUUCCGGAGAGCCCGUAGAGCUUCGCAAGCUUGUUAAUUCGCAGCCACGACCGGUUUCAAGACGGAAACCAGAGUUCGUCGACUUCGCGGAACGUUUCCGAGGAUCGCGUCCUCGCUGCCUCGUAAUCCGCUCGGAACGAUGCGCGAUCACGCACGCGGAGAAAUCGACUAUGCAGGACGGUUCCUCUUUCGUUGAACCGACGCGGGAAAUUGGAUCGGAUGGUCCUCGCCUCUGCGAUCGCGGCCGAGGGAAAGGAAAGCACGGGUCCGCUGGAAAAACCGAGGAUCGAACGAUCCGCGGGGACGAUGUUCAGUCCGAUCGCGAGGGCCGGUAAACCGUGACAGUAUCCGAUGCACGGUCGGCUAUAGACAGGUCCAGGCUCUAAUUACUGAUUUUUUCUCUCCGCUCCAAAAAGCCACCGAUGUGUGAUACUGGCUUUUGUGCGCCGGCGACGCGACGCGACGCGACGGGGGCUUCUGGCUUCUGUGUGCGCGCGUAAAGCGCGACCGACAGAUACAACCGGGGAUCGUAUCCGCGACCACCUCAAAGCCGACAGUGAAUCGCCGCGGGCCGCGGAGCGCGGACGACGCCGCGCGAACACGCUCUCGAUUUUAAUCUCGAGCCCGCUCGCGAAAACGCCGCGAAAAUCUGCUCGCCGGCGCUCGUUUUCACCCCGUCCUUGCUCGUUCGCGCCACCGACCGUGCCGACUAUCGAUUCGUCACCUCGCCCCUGGAAACGCUCAACCUCCUCGUUAAUAAUUCACCCGCGACACCGCAACCUUAACCCGUUGACCGGUCGUCGGCGGUAACCGGCUGAUCGCUCGUGCUCGCGGUAGAACGCGUCUCGACGCGAGCUUAAUCGCGACGCGUCCUCUUCGGUCAACGGGUCGACGCUGUUCCCGUAUCGUCGUUCCGACGAAUCUUCCUCGAAUCCUCGCCGAAUCGUAGCUUGUUUCCCCGGAUUAGCCGAGCGAAACGAUCUUCCCGGUGUGCGUUGUUCUCGCGCGUUCUUCUAUCCGCUUGAUUCCUGCCGGGACCGGCACCGUUACGAAUUCUCAAUGAAAUUAAACGCGGUAACACCAAUUAAGUGAGUUAUUAACCCUUACGCUACGCCGCGAAGCGCGAAUCAACGAUGCCGUUUCCGCGAUCGGCGUUAUCGCGACUGCGGAGCAGCGAUUCCCUCGCGGUAACGCGGACAGAUGCUCCGUCUCCCCCCCCCUCUCCCCCUCCCACAUUCUUAACAACCCAACAGACAAAUUAGCGCGGCAGCUGCGAUUCAAAGAUUGCCCGAAGGAGGGAACGCACGUACGACCGAGCUAGGUGGGCCGUGUCGUUGCCAUCUUGUCGGACAUUGUAACGGAUAGCUCGUUCGGUGCAGGAAAACCCGAGCUCGCGAGUGAAUCCGUUGCAUCGGGAAUUAUUCCGCACUUUCUUUUCUAAUUAGAAGAUGCGUCUCGGAACACGGACGGCGCUCGGUUGCAAUUAUGGAGAUCCGUGCGGCCGCGCUCGCUCGGGGAUCGGCGCAAGCUCGCGCGCUCGUUGGAAUUAAUUAGCGACUUAAUUGCCGGGAGUAGCCCGCGUGCCGGCUCGGAAGCUUUCGAGCGUGUCCGCAUCGGUGGAAACACGCGCCGCGGGCUCCGACAGUGACAAUUCGAGCGAGCGAAGCCCCGAAUACGAUGCGAUCCCCGGGGGGACGAUCUCGAAGCGAAGAACCGACGCCGGCCUCUCGAACGGAACAGGCGAACUCGUUUCUUUACGCUCUUCUACCCGCGAAAUACGAUUCCCCGGCGUUCGGAAAGGUAUCCCUGAAAGCGCGCCGUCGUAAAUCCAACGCCGCGUAAAGCGAUCCUCCGCGGAGAGGAAAUUAACACGCGAGGAGCAACGAGUUUCCGCGACAAGUACGCGUUUCACGGUGAAACUCGAGGACUGCGUGUAAAUCUGUUUGUUGGCGUCUUGUUGUCGAGCCCGGUCCCGAGGAUAGUCGACCGAGGAUCUCGCCGGCACCGAGAUAUCCGGCUCCGGCGAUCGGUGAACGAUAAUAUUUUAUAAUAAAAAUCAUAACACUCGUUCGAUCAACGAAUAUUGGUUACGCUCGUCGUGCGAACAACAUAUUACAAGAAAUAAAAAGAAGCGAAACGAUCAAAAGACAGAUGACACGAAAAGAAAGAUAAACUUACCGAUCGAAGGGGUAGUCGCGAGGGGGUGCACGGGCGGCAGGGAAGGUCAAGCACGUGGCAGCAGUGGUUGGAAAUUAGGAGGAGACAAUCGAGGCGGUAGAUACUUUCGACCAAGACGGAGAAGCAAUUGUCACGGUAACCGUGCUGUGCUUGUCGGCGACGUCGCUUCACGGCUGACCGACCAUCCCCCUAAUCCCCUUACGAAGGGUUGCAGCUUGCCACUGCGAUCCUAUAAAUUCCGGCGGCGAAGCGACGCUACAGUCCCAGGGGUCUACCGAGUAGCAUAGUUCCGCAACGAUCGCAUCGCAUCGCAUCGUAUCGCGGCGCAGCGAACCGGUGAUACGUUGAUCGUGAUCAGAUUUUCGAGGAGAUUUCCUCGUGACCGGUGGUCGUCGCGGAAGUUGACGCGCGUCGUCGUUCAUCCCGGUUCUAAUCGAGCGUUGCGCAAUCGACGGGCGAGCAACGGCGAGCGUCGCGCGUCGCGCUGCGACAGAGAAAAACGAUUGUUAAUGCGGCUCGUUAUUUAGGAAAUUGGGGCAGCCGGUUCGCGGCUUGACGCGAUUCAGGCCGGAGUGAAGUCGCGAGUGAAACCGCACGAACGAGCACACGAACCGUAGAAACCGCUCGCGCGUCGAAGAAGAGAGAGAAAAGCCUGGGGGACGGGCAGACGACUUCGAACAGGUUCCCCGGGACUGCUGUCCACGGUGGUGUGUGCACGACCGAACGUUUUCCCGUCGAGACGGUGCGUCGCGAUCGGAUUUUUCAAUCGAGACAGACGUCCGACGGCGUUUCGACGGCCUUUUCCCCCUGCCCGAGAGACGCUCGGCCGUCGAUCGCGCGCGUGCAGUGAUCGAUCGCGCUCCGGCGAGGUCCGGCGAUAUACGUCUGUGCAACGUCAGGCAAGAUCCUGCCAGCGGAUGAGCGUGAUUCCCGUGGAACGAAUGGACGUGACCGGCCUCCGCGAGAGAACCGAGACGCUAAUAGCCGGGAGCACGUGCCUCCUGAAUCGAAGAGGACUCGCUAUAACCCGGUAUGUCGGCGCGUGCCAAACGAUCCGAGGUGUCGACCGUUAUGACGUGCCACGCCGGCGAGAGGACUUCGCCGAGAAACGGCUCGGGAGGAUUCCGUGACUAUUUUAAGACCGUCCGAGACGAUCGCGGCUUCUGAGAGAAAAACAGCGGACCCGCCGGACACGUCGGCGACGAUCGCCGAUACAGGAGAAACACGCGAGAGGCUCGGAGGAGAGGAGGCGGCGGUGUCGCGACCGACCGCGACGAGCCGAGAUUCCUUUUUACUAUUUUUAUAAUCGACGGGCGCAGUCGCGCGUGAAUAGGGACUAGAGAAAGAUGGACGGAAGGCCGAAGAUCGAGGUGGUUCGCGUGCCUUCGAACGAUCGCGGCAACUUCCGGUCCGUGGACGGUGUGCGCGGCAGCUACAGCCACAUCCGCGUGGGCACGUACUGCCCGGAACCGGAAGUCAAGCUGGUGGUUUGCGACAGCAAGCCGCCGAUCGAACAGCAGUCUCGGAAGUUCAAAAGGAGCCUGGGACCGGUCUCGAAACUUCUGAGACGUCGCCAUCACGCCACGUAUCUCGCCACCAAAUCCUGCGAUAACAUUUACACGGUGAACAGAAGCAGCAGCAACUCCUUGGACUGGAGAGUUAGUCAGACCGUGAACGAGCAAAGCUUCCAAUCCCGGCAAAGCGGCAGCCUGGAUUGGCGGGUCGGCCGAUCCGUCAACAAACUCCAUUGGCGGGACACCACCAGAAGCGCGGAGCAGCUUUCCAGAAGCGGACCCAUCUGCUCGGACCAUCUCCAAACUCCCAGCACCAAAUCGAAACUGAUCUCGCUGCUGCGACGACUUUCUCCUCGCCUUUCCCGACCUGGCAGCAAGAACUCCCUGCAAGCGUCGCCGACGAUCUGCCCAUGGGUGCAGGUCGAGUACUCCACGGAGUCGAUCAACGAAGGGCUGCCGGAGGACUCGCAGGAGGGCGACGCGAGCUUCCAGAGGGAACUGCAGCUGAACGAGCUGAGGAAACGCAUGGCCGGGAUACCUACCGCCUCUCAGGUUACCACGAAAGUCGUUAAACAUGACGAAGCGAGCGAGGAUGAGGGAUCGUCCCGUCCCAGGAUAGAAGUGCAGCAUCUGGAAACCGAAUCGAAUAACUCCGCCAAAUCUGUGCACGAGGACCGCGGGGAGGAGGAUCGUCGGCGAGCCAGCGGGCAAACACGCGGUGGCGGCGAGGUAGCGGGCUUGGAGGACGUCGGCGACUCCUGCGCCGCGACGCUGACGCCGUCGGUCCCAGGCGCCGGCGGCAUCAGGUCGAAUCGCCGCACCAGGCCGCUCUCCCUCGCGGUGCAACCUCUAAAUUACCGUCGCCUCGAUCCGGAUCCGAAAAUCACCGUCGGCAUCGUGACCAGCCUGCAUCCUAACAUGACUAGCCAGGAGAGCAUCGGCAGCUGCAGCCUGGACGUCGACCAGUCCGCGUCCGACCGAUCAGAGAACACCAUAGACUCCGUGUCGAAGAAGACGCUGCACAGCCUGAAUCUCUCUUGCAACGGCGACUCGGUCCCGUCGACCGACAACCUAGCGAACGGCAGCAGCGAGACCCUGCAGAAGUCCCACCUGACGCCCAAUGAGAAGUUGAACGUCAGCAAUGGUCAUCGCAGCAGCCCCGAGCCGGAACAGCUGACAGUGAAGAAACCGAGCUACUUGGGCCUGGCCUGCAGCAUCAGCGGCUACUCGGGGAUCAAUCGGUACGACAGCAAGCUGAGGGACGGAUUUCGAUCGAGGGACAGCAGUCCUGGGACCAGGCUGAUCACGAGGGACACCAGCCCGGCGGGUUUCAGAUCGAACGAGAAUCUCACCGUGCCAGGCCACCCCUAUCCUCCCAAGAGCCAAUCGAUCUCCCCCCUAGCGAUGGACAGGCAGAACGGUUUCUCAAACGGUCUGAAGGAGGAGUGCAAGGUGGAGGCGUACAGGGAAUCCAGGAGCUCCAUAAGCAUCUGCCAAGGCUACUCGGAGGUCGACAAGGGCGUGCUGCACUCGACCUUCGGUGACCUGAGCCCGAUCCGAUCGGCCACCCCCGCGAAACGCAGUCCGGGCGUCUCGCAGAUAAUGUCCUGCAGCCAGCAGAACAAGUCGUUUACCUCGCACUUCUCUGGAUCCUCUCCAAAGGCACCACCCGCCGGCAACCUGUCGAGCACCUCGUUCGCCGACUCGAGUAUACUGAACGGCUCUACGGCGGACGUGGACAACCAGGUGCUGAACACUUCGUCGAGCAGCGAGAAGUCGUUCAUCCAGCAGCGGGUGGAGCGGUUGUACGGGCCCGGAGCGCUCGCCCAGGGCUUCUUCUUCAAGCGCAGCACCAGCAGGCUCAGCGUCAGCGAGACCAGCUUCGGCAAGUCGAGCAACAACAACGACCUCUCGACGGACAACGCGAACACCGAGGAGUCCCUGAAGAACUUGCCGGUGCUGAGACACCUUCGGCCGGAGUUCCGCGCUCAGCUGCCGGUGGUCAGCCCCAGGAGACCCACGGAUGGCUCGGAGCAGAUUCUGAAACCGUUGCAGAGGGUAACGCCGGUGUCCAGGAAAGCGGAGCAGAAACCAAAAACACCCGUGCCGGCGAACCUAGACGGCAGCAUCGUCGAAACCAAGCCCCAGAAGCUGAGUUCCAGCGUGGCCAGCAUCCCGGACCAACAGCCAGCUGCUCCGAAAGUAGUGUUGCCCGUUCUGGAGCCGAGCGCCAGCUCGACGAACGUGGCGAAGCAAGCACAAGAGGCCGAGAAGAAGGCGGAAGAGAAGGACGGACACUAUUUCAUAAAGUUGCUGAAACAAGAGACGGACAGGCUUCUCUCGCUCGCUGCGUCGGCGGAAGCGGAGCUUGUCAGCGGCGAUACUGUUGCACUUCCGGAAGAGGCAGCCGGUAAGCUGCGCUCAGCUGCUGGCAAGGCCAGGCUGCUCGCGUCGCAAAAGAUGCAACAGUUCGAGGGACUCUGCCAGAAGAACAUUAAUCAGGUGCCCGGGGAGGAGUUCCCGACGACGAACGAGGACCUGGCCGGUUUCUGGGACAUGGUGAUGCUGCAGGUGGUCCAAGUAAACGAUCUUUUCGAUCAUAUCGAGAAACUACGAAAUUCCCAAUGGCAAGAGACCGUGCCGGAGAAGAAGUCGGCGAACGUCGGCGCGCAGAACGGUAACGCGACGAAGCGUCGCGCGGCGCCGAUCCACAAGCCGAAGGCGACUGCCAACAGCGAGGCGAACAAGAAGGCGCGAGAGGCGAGGGAACAGGCUCGCAGACAGCUGAUCGAGGAGCGGAGGCGUGCGAUGCGCUCGAACGCGCAGAAUUCCGAGAAUACCGUCAAGAUCUUUGCACCGGACACGUAACGAUAGAAAGACAGAGCGAAGCAGCCUGUUUGGAUACCUCUCGGCCGAUCGGCAGCGGCCGCGGAGAGCCGGAUCAAAAACGACAAAAAAAGAAAAGAAAAGAAAAAGAAAAAAACGCGCCAAUUACUAUGCAUUUUCGCGUUCCCUCGGAUCGAAACGACGCGCGAUUCUUCCGAGAUCUCGGCGAGAGUCGCGCGUCGCGGCGAACAAAAUACCGAUAAUCGCUUCGACUACAACCAAACGCGCUUAGUAUACGUUGACAGGGUCGAUAAUAUUCGAUGGAGAUUCAUUUCACAAACGAUCUUCGACGAUUCGUAUUUUUUUAUUACAUACAAACACACGUACACACACACACACCUUCGUUCCCUCCGCGGUCCCGCUCGAUUUACACGCUGUGAUGUUUCGUGCUAAUCUUCUUGUUACGUUUUAUAUACGAUUUACGCUGUCGUUCGACUAUGUACGAUAGAUGUCUAGCGUUUGGUUCGCGAAACGGGACGCCUGUGUUCCCGACGAAGAUUGAUCGUGAAUACGAAAACGAUAGCGGAACAGGGAAAACGGCACGGAGAUUGCCCUCUUGUCAAUAGAAUUUUUGUACAAGUAAGAGGAGAAGGGGAACGCCGCUCGGACACAGCGCUAAGCAGAAUUCUAUCCCAGAGCAAGUUAUAUUUGUACGGUAAAUCGCGUUGAAAGAGAGAGAGAGAGAGAGAGAGAGAGAGAGAGAAAGAACGAUCGACGAUCGCCGUCGCGACGCAGCCUACGCAGCAUGCCUAAAUCGAUCGCGAGGCGUCGACGACCGGUCGCGACCGCGACGGAAAUAUUCCUAUUACUUUAAUCGCCUAAUGUUACUCGUGUUUGAACCCCGACGCGGAUCGAGCAGCCGAGCAGAUGAUUCUCGCGGAAGCGAAUAGACGGAGAAACGAAGCUUUCGAGUGCCCUAAUCGUGUGACCAAGUCGACAUUCCCGUAGAAAAACGGUCUCGAAGUUUUAGAUACGCCCCCGACGCCGUAGCGAGCGUCAGCACUCACAGUCCUCCCCCCCGUUAAGUUUAAGGAAUAGCUAAACAAGUGUCAACAGGUGUAAAUUAGAGCCGCGCAACCAAAUAGCCCGCGAUCAGCCGGAGAGUGCGAGAGAGAAAGGAGAGAAAGCGAGAAAGAGAGAGAAAGAAAGAAUGUGCUCCCGUGCGCGUUUCAAAGAGCAAAGAGUCCUCGUGGCGUCGUGUUCCGGCGGCCCGCGUUAUUUAUUGACUGUUGAUUCCCUCGGUGCCUUGAUUAAUUUAUACGCGUGUACAUAAAUCGACUGACACACAACAGCCGGCCAUUCGGCGCGGCGAGAGCGAAACGGACGAACGCUCUCGUCUCGGGCCGAUUCAUCGAUCCGGGAUUCAGGAUCGCUUUGUUCUCGUUCCAAGCGUUCCACCUCGGCGAAGACCGAGAGCUUACGGUGUUCUCUCGUCGACGGGCGAGACGGGAACGUCGGAUCCCUUGCACAAUUAUUUAUUUGUCCGACGAGUCGACCAGUUCGUCGCGAUUCUACACGGAUUCGGCGCGCGUUUCAGGAGACCGCAGCGUCCCGCGACGAUGGGAACACGGUGACGACGGGCACGCGCGCCGCUUCUCGCCGAAAUUUUUGUAACAGCGACACCCUUCGUUCCUUCGUUUCCAUAACGCGGUUGUACAUAAGCGUGGUAGAGCAACGCGAACGAGAGAUCAUCCGCGGAGAUCGUUGUGCAGCACCGCGUCCCGCGAUUCGAUCCUUCGACUCGUUUCGUUGCCCGCUCGUCCCGAGUUGUCCGUUUGUAUUUUACUUGUAUAUUCCGUGUUCAGGGCCCGUCACGGCUUCUUGAUCCACUCGUAUGAUAAUUUCUACUCGGAAACAGUGACCACCCCCGCCGCUGCUUCUUUUAUUCGUAAAGGCCGCGCGGCGCCGCCGCCGAACUUUUCAACAGAUCGAUCCAAAGGUGUACGAGGAUUUAAUCGCCAUGACCACACGAUCACUAUUCCUAUCGCCGCGUUGCGUCCCGGGAUAACGCAGUUACUUUUCAUCGAGAACGCGUCUACGAUUCGCCGCCGAGAAGUUCGCGAGAAACGUCGUCGCGACGAUCCGAAUGGACGAUUCGAACGACAACGAUUGCGUUAUUCGGGGCCGCAGCCGUUCCCCCCUCGAUUCCCCGCGGAUCUCGCGAUUCGACGGAAUCGUUCGUUCUUCGAAGAGGCGCAGAGAAAGAUCGCUGCUGCCGAUAGAAGAGAACGGGUGGGAAUCGAAGAUUUUUUUACUUAUCGUUCGGGAACGAUUCGACGCCAAUCUACCGCGUCGAUCGUCGAACGCGUUCCCAUCCCUUUUUUUACGCGGUUAAACAGUUACGAUUAUUUAUUUAUUAGAUACUAGUAAGAUGUCCAUACACUUGUUCUCAAUGAAUUAAUAAAAAAAAAAAAAAAGAAAACGAAAAGGC